AUGUCAAUCUUGAAUUAUUCCAUCUGUCCAGUUAGUUUAGUUUCUGUAUGCUUGGCCAUCCUUCACUUACUCUCCAAUUCUGGAGUCAAUGCUGCUUCUGAUCAAAUGCAUGCAGCAUCAAGUAUUGGAGGUGAAGGGAAAGCUCUUUUAACAUGGAAAGCCAGUCUUGACAAUUAUAGCCAAUCCCAGUUGUCAUCCUGGUCAUCUUCUGCAAAUCCUUGCAGUGCCUGGGAUGGAGUUCGAUGCAACAAGGCUGGACGAGUAUCGGUGAUUAACAUCACUAGUUCUGGCAUCAAAGGUUCACUUGAUCAUCUCAAUUUCUCGUCUCUACCCCAUCUCACUAGAUUUGAUCUUUAUGAUAAUGCAUUCUAUGGGACCAUUCCAUCCAACAUUGGGAACCUUUCUAGACUAGUCUAUCUUGGCUUGGAUGCAAAUCAAUUUUCUGGUGCCAUUCCAAUUCAAAUGAGCCAGCUAACCAAUCUUAGAAUCUUGUACCUUUCCAAUAACUCAUUCAAUGGCUCCAUCCCAAAAGAACUUACGUUUCUUAAGUCUCUUGUUUUUCUCUUUUUGCAAGGGAAUGAGUUCACCGGAUCAAUCCCUACUUCUAUUGGCAAUCUGACCGACCUAUCUGUGCUGGCCCUAGGAAGCAACAAACUUUCUGGAUGGAUUCCAGAAGAGAUUGGGAACCUGAAAUCUCUGACGAAACUCUCUUUGGCUAACAAUACGCUCACAGGUCCGAUUCCUCUAUCUUUUGGAAACUUAAGUGACCUGACUCUGCUGUAUCUUUUCGGAAAUUAUCUUUCUGGGCCUAUUCCCAAAGAAAUUGAAAACUUAACAAAACUAAAUGAAUUAGAUCUUUUUGGGAAUCAGCUAUCAGGUCCCAUCCCAGAACAGAUUGGGAAAUUGAAAUCUCUGACAGAACUCUAUUUAGCUAACAAUACGCUAACAGGUCGGAUUCCUCUGUCUAUUGGAAACUUAAGUGGCUUGACUCAGCUGUAUCUUCAGCAAAAUUAUCUUUCCGAACAGAUUCCUUCUGCCAUAGGAAAUUUAACCAAUCUCAUUGACUUGGAACUUUUUCAAAACAACUUAUAUGGGGCUAUCCCUCCCGAAUUGGGAACAUUGAAGCUGCUAGCUUAUAUUAAUUUUUUCCAAAACCAGUUAAGUGGUGCCCUGCCCGAUGGAUUCAACAAUCUUACACAUUUAAAUAGGAUAGGGCUGUCUCAAAAUCAUUUUACUGGUCAUUUACCCCAAAAUAUUUGCAUUGGUAGCUCACUGACGUGGUUCUUAGUAUUUGAAAAUAACUUUGUCGGUGCCAUACCAAGGAGCUUGAAAAACUGUUCUAGUUUAAGAAAAAUCAGUGCCGCUGACAACCAACUAUCAGGAAAUAUUUCUGAAGAAUUUGGCUUCUCUCCAUAUGUCGAGUAUAUUAAUUUAAACAAUAAUAAAUUUUUUGGUCAGUUGCCUUGGAAUUGGAGCAGCUAUCUGACUUUGACAGAGUUGACGAUCUCGAACAAUAAUCUUUCGGGCAGAAUACCAGCUGGGCUUGGAGAGGCAUCUCGCCUGCAAAAACUUCAUCUCUCUUCAAAUCACUUGUAUGGAAAGAUCCCUGGAAGUUUGGGGAAGUUGACUUCGUUGCUUGAGCUUAAGCUGGAUAGCAACGACCUUUCAGGCAAUAUACCAUCAGAAAUUGGUCGGAUGUCUAGACUUUUAAAUCUUAGUUUGUCGGCCAAUAAUAUUUGUGGCUCAAUUCCAGAACAAAUAGGGAAUUGCACACAAUUGCUGGAUUUAAACUUGAGCCAAAAUGCACUCAGCGAAAGUAUUCCUUCUCAAAUAGGAAAUCUUGCCUUACUUGAAACUCUGGAUCUCAGCCAAAACAUGUUGGAAUCCCAAUUGCCACCAGAGCUAGGCGAGAUGCAAAGCAUUGAAACGAUGAAUCUUUCACAUAAUAGGAUAUCGGGUUCCAUCCCAAAAAGCUUUGAUCAUUGCUUCAGUUUGAUUUCCAUUGAUAUAUCCUACAAUCAAUUGGAAGGUCCUCUCCCCAACACUAGUGCAUUUCAAAAAGCUCCAUUGGAUGCUCUGAGAAACAAUAAAGGUCUAUGUGGCACUGUUGCUGGAUUGAAGCCUUGCUCUCAAUCAAUUCAAAAGAAGACUAGUAGAAGGACAACUAAAAGAAUGAUCUUUCUAGUUGUUGCUCCAAUACUGGCAACCAUAUUUCUUUCGGUCGUGGUUGUGGGCAUUUUCAUUCGUGCAAGGCCACAUACGAGAAGCGUGGAGAAUAAGCCUCAGGAAUUUACUAGAAAUAUGUUCUCUGUCUGGAGCUUUGAAGGGAAAAUGGUCUAUGAAAACAUCAUUGAUGCAAUAGAGAAUUUCGACCCCAAGUAUUGCAUUGGAGCAGGAGGAUUUGGAAGUGUAUUUAGAGCAGAGUUACCAAAUGGUCAAGUGGUGGCGGUCAAGAAACUUCAUGGAAUGGAUGAUGGUGCCUUGAGGAGACCAAAAGAUUUCGCCAAUGAGAUACGUGCGUUAACAAAUAUAAGGCAUCGCAACAUCGUGAAGCUGUACGGAUUCUGUUCACAUGUACAACACACUUUCUUGGUUUAUGAAUUCUUGGAAGGGGGAAGCUUGAUGCACUUGUUGAGCAAUGAUGAAACAGCUGCCAUGUUCGACUGGAUCAAGAGGGUAAACAUUGUUAAAGAUGUGGCAAAUGCAUUAUCUUAUAUGCAUCAGAAUUGUUCGCCUUCCAUAAUUCAUCGAGAUAUAUCUAGCAAAAAUAUUUUGUUAGACUCUGAGUAUCAAGCCCAUAUUUCUGAUUUUGGCACUGCAAGAAUCUUGAGGCCUGAUUCAUCUCAUUGGACAUCAUUUGCUGGAACUUAUGGAUAUGCUGCUCCAGAACUUGCUUAUACCAUGGAAGUAAAUGAAAAAUGUGAUGUUUAUAGUUUUGGAGUAUUGGUUUUUGAAGUGAUCAUGGGUAAGCAUCCAGGUGAUUUCAUAUUCUCCACAUUGUCGGCUUCAUCAUCCACUUCAACAGCAUAUGAUAUACUGUUGAAAGACAUUGUGGAUCCUCGACUUUCAUCUCCCAGUAAGCGAGAGUCGAAACAAGUGACCUUGGUGGCAAAGCUGGCAUUAUCAUGUAUAGAACCCAAUCCUCUGCUAAGGCCAACAAUGAAGCAAGUGUGUGUCCAACUGUUAAAGGAAAGACCAUCUCAAUUCAACGUAUUCCCAAUAGUUACAAUUGGACAACUUCUGGUUCUGGACCUGCAAAUGACAAAUGUUUGA